GUUAUUCCGUGGUCCAUGGUUCUGUGGUCCGUAUUUCGACACAAAGAAGGAAAAAUCAUGUCAAGGAGCAUGCUGAGUAUUAUAUGCACCCUGGUGAGUCCAUAUAGAUAAGGCGUUUCCCGACAGAAGUUGGGAUGACACUUUCAAACGGAAGUACUGUCACAAAAAGGAAGUACUGUCACAUUUUCGAACGUUUGUCAUGUGGUCUCAAUAUUAAAUGAAGAGGCAAAGCCAAGAACUUGCGUUCCGUUAGAAUAUUACAUGGAUUGAAAUGGAUAUUGAUGAAAACGAUAAUCAACAGAAACAAAGUCGACAGCAAAGUAUAGGAAAGAAACAAGUGAUUUUGUCCUGGGCGAAAGGAUGUGCAAGUAGUAGCAAAGAAGUUAUCCCUGAAAAGAGACAAAAAAUCUCGUCAGAAAAGGGCAGCUUUACUUGCUUGCAAUGCUUUGAAUUACACUUGAAAGGAAAAAGGGAUGAAAGAUAUACAUCUGUAUGCAGAACAGAUCAUUCAACUGUUCAACGUCAUAAAAAUAGAUGGCACAGCAUUCCUGGAUCGAAGUUAUGCACAAUUGUUCCAACAGCUGCAAAAGAAGUGAGUUCAUUGAAGUUAAAAUAUGCAAAACAGAACGUAUCAGAAGUCACUACACCUGAAGAAAGAAACACCAGUACAACUUCAUCACAGAUUAUUUCAAUAGACCCGGUACAUAGCACUGCAGCAGCUCAAGGCAAAAACAAUCUAGAAUUAGCUACGCCAAGCUACGAAGAAUACCUUGAUGAACUUGAAUCAAAUACUGAAAGUGAGGAAAAUAAAUUCAUGGAGGCCCUAUCACCCAUAGAGCCCCUGGAACCCCUGGAAGCAUGCAGCAACGAGCCUCAGUUGAUGACAGAAUCAAGUGACAAAGAAACAUUGGAUGGGAUAGAAAUAUCUGGAAUGGACACUCAAAGUACACUUUUAUCUUUUAGAACUGAAAAAUUAGAUGCAACAAAGAAGAACAGCACCGUAGACAUGGAUGCCAUUAUGACUGAGAUAAAUAAAUUAAGUUUAAAGGUGGAUGAUAUUGGAGCAAAGCACAGAAGCUUACAGCAGCUUGUUUUUGAAGACCCAGAGACUGGAAGGCAAGUUGCUGCAAUGAAGAAAGCCAACAAUAUCAAUGAAUUAGUUGAGGCAUCAAAGCCAAUUCAGUGGUUCUAUGAUGAGAAAAGUGGUUGUGCAGUUCUGAGAUGUUUGCCAUGUUAUGAGCUUCAUCUGAAAGCUAAGCCAACAUUAGCCGAUUUAACUCCAUUACAAGCACAGCGAAUCCUUAAUCCAAGAAGCAGUAGAACAUUUGCAACUGGAAUUUUCUUGAAAAAGGAAAUCGCGAGUCUGUUAAUCAAAGGUCAUAAUAGGACUUGGUACCGGGAAAAAAAUAUGCUAAUUGACCACAUGUGUAUCAUAGGAAACGGCUCAGAGACACAUAAAAUUGCCAUGGAAGCAUACAAGCAGGCUUUGAAAUCCAAUAAUGAAAAUGCAACAACUGCAACACAUUUAUUUAAAGCGGCUAUAGUGGAUUUGAAACUUGGUGCAGCAGCAAGAAACUUUGAAGUGUUAGUGUCUUUACUCGCAAAUUGCUCUGUAAAUGUUGGAAACAUUGGGCAUGGCAGGAAUCUGUUUAAUGACAUACUGUACUGCCUGGAAAAGUCGAUGAACAAGAAGACGGCAGAAUUCCUUAAUCAGCCACUCCCAUCAACAUUCCUUCCUCCACACUUUUGGGUUACCAUUGAUAAAGCUACACCAGCCAGAACAACAAACCAAGCAGUAUUGGUUGUCGCCAGAGAUAAGAAUGGGAUACCCUCCCCAAUAUCGUUGCAGCUCCUGCCAUUUAUACAGAAUUUACCGAAGCCUCAUAUGAUAUAUUGGCAUUAAAACUUCUGGAAGCAAUUUCUGAUAAUUUCUCCCCCCAAAUUCUGGAAAGGCUUUGUGGUGUGGCAGCUGAUGGCCCUUAUCAGGCUUCUGGAUUCAGAAGUUCACUUUUUCGGCAACUGGAGAUCCCAGAGCAUGUAGACAAAGUGAUCGCUCUCCCCAUAACAUGGGAUACAGCCCAUGUUUUAAACCUUGCUGUUACCGAAGUAAGAGAUGCUAACUCACCUGGUGGAGAACAUUUCCGUAGAUUUAUCAAGAGAUGUAAUGUGUUCAAUCAUGUUUUGGCAAAUGGAAAGGGGUUUGCCUUUUUGCAGAUGGUGGACAGUACUGCGAGACGACCUGUGUCAUAUGCUACUCAGCGUUUCAUGAGUUCAUCGUAUGAGCAGUGGCUCAAAAUUGAACAGAGCUACCAAUCGUACUGGCAGGCAU